AUGAAGGUAUUUGCAGCUAAGGUUGAGGAGGGGAGGGAGGGAAAAGAUGGGAAACCUUCUGUUGGUCCCGUGUAUCGUAAUCUACUAUCGAAAAAUGAAUAUCCUCCUCUUGAUCGCGAUGUGAACACAUCUUGGGAUCUUUUCAGUUUUAAUUUAAAGCUAGAUCUUAAGGUGGAAGCCAAGGCUAGUUUUUCCGUGAAGAAGUAUCCUGGAAAUAAAAUGCUUGGACGGCGUGAGUUUGUUGAUGGGAAGGUGGGGCCUUAUGUCUGGAAAACUUACAAGGAAGUCUAUGAAGAAGUUUUGCAAAUUGGCUCUGCAUUACGGGCAUCCGGUGCUGAAACUGGCUACCGAGUUGGGAUUUAUGGAUCAAACUGUCCUCAAUGGAUUGAGGCAAUGGAGGCUUGCAAUGCCCAGAGUUUAGUCUGCGUGCCUCUAUACGAUACCAUUGGUCCUCGUGCUGUAAAUUUUAUUAUAGAUCAUGCAGAGAUUGAUUAUGUUUUUGUCCAAGAUAAAAAAGUGAAAGAAUUGCUAAAUCCUGAUUGCAUAUCUGCUCAGCGGCUUAAAACAAUUGUUUGCUUCACUUCUUUGACCGAGGAAGAGAAGAAUACGGCAGCCCAGAUGGGGAUAAAAUCAUACUCUUGGGAAGAGUAUCUAUGCAUGGGAAAAGAGAAUCCGUCGGAGAUAUUGCCGCCUCAGCCUUUUAACAUAUGCUCAAUUAUGUACACAAGUGGCACCAGUGGAGAUCCCAAAGGUGUUGUGCUACUGCAUGAAACAGUUGCAGCUUUUAUAAGAGGCAUUGAUCUAUUUAUGGAACAAUUUGAAGACAAGAUGACACCUGAUGAUGUGUAUCUAUCUUUCCUGCCACUUGCUCACGUCCUUGAUCGCAUGAUUGAGGAAUACUUUUUCCGGAAAGGUGCUUCUGUUGGCUAUUAUCAUGGGGAUUUGAAUGCAUUGAGGGAUGAUUUGAUGGAAUUGAAGCCAACAUGUAUAAAGAAGGCAGUACAAGAACUCCGUCCCCUACGCAGGAAAAUAUUUGAGGCUUUGUAUAGAUACAAGCUUGGUUGGAUGAAUGGGGGUUACAAACAGAAAUAUGCAUCGCCGUUGGCCGAUCUGUUGGCCUUCAGGAAGGUCAAAGCUAGGUUAGGUGGCCGACUUCGACUAAUAAUAUGCGGAGGAGCAUCCUUGAGCACUGAGGUGGAAGAAUUCUUGAGGGUUACUUGCUGUGCCUUCGUAGUCCAAGGCUAUGGGUUGACAGAAAGCUGUGGACCAGCCACUAUGGGCUUUCCGGAUGAAAUGUGCAUGCUGGGUACAGUUGGGUCUCCAGCCGUAUACAAUGAGCUGCGCCUGGAGGAGGUUCCGGAGAUGGGAUACAAUCCGCUAGGUAAUUCUCCUUGUGGUGAGAUAUGUCUCCGAGGGAAGACUCUUUUUUCUGGGUAUUACAAGAAUCCAGAACUGACAAGAGAAUGCAUGAAAGAUGGAUGGUUUCAUACAGGAGACAUAGGAGAAAUUCUUCCAAACGGGGUUGGGGAAUAUAUUGCUCUGGAGUAUUUGGAAAAUGUGUAUAGCAACACUCCAAUUGUUGAAGACAUUUGGGUCUACGGAGACAGCUUCAAGUCGAUGCUAGUUGCAGUGGUCGUGCUUCAUGAAGUAAACACAAAAAACUGGGCGUUCUUGCAUGGUCACAUGGGUUCAUUCACUGAGCUUUGCUCUCUCCAUCAGCUACAGAAAUUCGUCCUCUCAGAGCUAAAGACUACAGCUGAAAGAAACAAGUUGAAAGGUUUUGAACAUAUCAAAGGAGUGAUACUGGAGCCCUGCCCCUUCGACAUUGAAAGGGAUCUGGUGACUGCAACAUUGAAGAAGAAAAGAAACAAGUUGGUUAGCUACUAUAAGGUGGAGAUUGAUGAACUUUAUCGAAAACUGGCUGAAGAACGAGUAUGA